UAUGACUCAAUGUGUGAUUCUUUAAUGAUAUUAGCUUGUGGAUAAUAGACUGCAGCCAUUUCUCAGUGGAGUUGAAAUGAAAGAGGACGUGUACAGGGAAUGGAACAUAGCUGGGAGCUAGAUGGUUGCAGAGAAGGAUGCUUUUAAGUGCUAGUUACACAGCACAUUCUGAGGUCAGAUAUAUAUAAAACCUUGUAUUCAAUAGAGAAGACACAAUACUGGUACCAUUGAGAUAUAGUAUAUAUACAAAUCACACAUGGAUUUUAAUCUUGGGAGAUAACCCUGUGGUUCAAGCAUUGGAGGUAAAACUGCUGUCUCUCACACAGGAAAGGAAGUCCAGUCUCAUUACAGGAUAGAAAACACUUGGGUCUACAUAGGAGCUAUAAUAGUGCCAUUCAGGUUCAGUGUAUUUAUACUGGGGAUAGAUAGCAGUGUGUGUGUGCUGUACAUUUAGAAUCAUCAUGAUUAGAACAGGGGGUGUACUCAACCCAGACAGGCCAAAGAGGACCUCUGCAAGUUUCCGAAAAGAAGGAGACAAUGCAGCUGUGUCAAAUUCUACGGGCGCUGCAUCGGGGAAUCUCAGUUCGGCCAGUUUUAGCUCAAGGCGUGAUUUUGCCAACCGGUUUGCCCGUGGAAUUACAGAUUCUGACCACACUGGUGGUCUCAAGGAUAGAGACACAACUAAAGGGGGCACUGUCAAUCCCUCGGGGACUGGAGUCGGUGGUUAUUCUAGGAAGGAUUUUAUAAAUCGAUUCAGAAAUGCUGAGGAUGGUCACCAAAAGGAGAAGGAUUCUUCUACCACCAAAGAUGGCCUCCACUCAACUUCGGCUCAUAUUUCUGUUGGAUCACACGUUCAGAGUCGUUUUGGUGGAAGCGGAGGUGUUACCGCCACCAGGGGGACGUAUGUUCCUAGGAGUAACCGCGCGGGGAGCACCGAGUCAACGUCAAGUGCUACUUCCGAGAGUGAAGAGUUGCACAAAGAUGAAAAUAAAGAGGGACUGUCCAAGCGAGAAGCUUUCUUCAAGAAUGAGCCCCCAACAGCAAAGUUCGACCCUACAACGAGAGACAAACUAGAUCACAAGAUGGACAAAGAGAAAGAAAAUGGACACCCAGAAACUUCAGGGAAAGCACCCAAGGAGUUGGACGGUUAUGUUGGUUUUGCUAACCUCCCAAACCAAGUGUACAGGAAAUCAGUGAAGAGGGGUUUUGAGUUUACUCUUAUGGUAGUUGGCCAGUCUGGUUUAGGCAAGUCCACCCUCAUCAACACCUUAUUCCUCACAGACCUCUACAGCGCAGACUACCCAGGGCCCUCCUACAGGAUAAAGAAAACAGUGCAGGUUGAGACAACGCAGGUCCUACUGAAGGAGGGAGGUGUCCAGUUACGUCUCACAGUGGUGGACACCCCUGGGUUUGGGGAUGCAGUGGACAACAGUAACUGUUGGCAGCCAGUAACAGACUACAUAGACAGUAAAUAUGAAGAAUACCUGAAUGCGGAAUCCAGGGUGAAUAGAAAAACCAUGCCUGAUAACAGAGUGCACUGCUGUCUGUAUUUUAUAACCCCAUCAGGACAUGGCUUGAAGCCAUUAGAUGUUGAAUUCAUGAAACGCCUCCACGAUAAAGUAAACAUCAUUCCAAUGAUUGCCAAGGCUGACACAAUGACUCCAGAUGAAUGUAGAGAGUUCAAGAAAACAAUCCUGAAUGAAAUUGCUCAGCACAAGAUCAAAAUUUACGAGUUCCCAGAAUGUGACGAUGAGGAAGAAAAUAAGUUGCAGAAAAAACUCAAGGAUCGAGUUCCAUUUGCAGUUGUGGGCAGCAAUACAUUGGUAAGCGUAGGAGGGAAAACGGUGCGAGCAAGGCAGUACCCAUGGGGUAUUGUGGAAGUGGAGAACUUGGAACACAAUGACUUCCUGGCCCUGAGAAAUAUGUUGGUCAGGACACAUCUCCAUGACUUGAAGGAUGUCACAAACAAUGUUCAUUACGAAAAUUACCGCUAUAACAAACUGGCUUCCGUGGCAACCAAGGGCAAAGAGAAGGCUGUUGGAUCAAAGGAACUAAACUUAGAAACAGCUGAAGAUGAAGAUUCAGGCGAAAAGUAUUACUCAGUUUUCUUUUCCCUUCAUAAAUAUGGCAUAUAAACUUCAACGUUAUCCUGUAGAGUUAUGGGAAAAUUAUAAUGAAGAACCCAAUUACCCUUCCUCCUGUUGAAUAUUAAUGGUGAUAAACUUCUUAAUGGGAUACAUAGAGGGAAAUAUGUAAACUGGCUUAGUUUCCCUUACAUA